AUGAGGACGUUGCUCUUUCUCUUUGCUCUUCUCUUCUUUCUGGCCCCAGCCAGGAGCGCAUUUUUUGAUGAGAAAUGCAACAAUCUUAAAGGGAGAUGCGUGAAUUCGUGUGACAGAAAUGAAGAACUUGUUGCUUUAUGCCAGAAGGCUCUGAAAUGCUGUCUGAUACUCCAGCCAUUGACAAGUGCCGUUGACAUAAACAAGAUAUGUGGCUAUGGGACUGCCCGCUGCCGGUGGAAUUGUAAAAGAGAGGAAUUCAAGAUUGGCACAUGCCUCAACACCUCUAAAUGCUGUUUGAAAAAAUGGAAUGCUGCCCCAGUGAAUCCUGUGAAACACUGA